AUGGCGCCGCCGGCCGGCGGGGCGGUGGUGGCGUCCUCUGAGCCGGGCUCGGCCGCGGCGCUCCGGGCCGUGCACGCCGCCGUGAGGCCGCUGGGCGCCGGGCCCGACGCCGAGGCGCAGCUGCGGAGGCUGCAGCUGAGCGCGGACCCCGAGCGGCCUGGCCGCUUCAGGCUGGAGCUGCAGGGCGCGGGGCCGGGGGCGGUCAGUUGGCGGUGGCCCCUGGACUCCGUCUCCUACACCGUCCGAGGCCCCAGCCAGCAUGAGCUGCAGCCCCCACCAGGAGGGCCGGGCGCCAUGAGCCUGCGUUUCCUCAGCCCUCAGGAAGCUCAGCUGUGGGCAGCCCUGGUCCAGGGCGCCGCCAUGGAGGGACAGAAUGGCAGUGGCAGCCCAACCCCAGCCCAGGGCCCAGGGACGUGCCCUGUUUCCCCACCCAGUCCCCCUGUGGCCUUCACGCCCAAAGCCCCCCAACCCGAGGCGGAUCCUCCCUGGAGCCCUGGAGACUUGAUGGAGAAAGAGGAGCUGGUAGGACGCCUGGCCAGGGCCAUCGCAGACGGGGACGAGGAGAGGGCAGCCCAGACGGCCGCUGCCCUGGCCCAGCAUCACGUGGCCCUCAGCGUUCAGCUCCCGGAGUCCUGCUUUCCACCUGGUCCCCUCAGGCUGCAGGUCACGGUCGAGGAUGCUGCGUCGGCCGCGUCCACGGCGUCUUCGGCCCAUGUCUCGCUGCAGGUGCACCCCCACUGCACCAUUGCAGCUCUCCAAGAGCAGGUGUUCUCGGAGUUCGGCUUCCCGCCCGCGGUGCAGCGCUGGGUCAUCGGGCGAUGCCUCUGUGUGCCUGAGCGCAGCCUUGCUUCCUACGGCGUCCGGCAGGACGGGGACCCCGCCUUCCUCUACCUGCUCUCAGCCCCUAGAGAGGCCCCAGGCUGCAGCCCUCAGCGCCCCCUGAAGACAGGUGGGGACACGGGACACUCGUUUCCUCAGCCACUGGCGCCGCCCCGGGCUCAGCCAGCCAGCUCCAGCCUCCCCAACCCUCUUCAGCCCGGCUGGCCCUGUCCAUCCUGCACCUUCAUCAAUGCCCUGAGCCGCCCUGGCUGUGAGAUGUGCAGCACACAGCGGCCCUGUGUUUGGGACCCUCCGCCCCCAGCCUCCACCUAGACCCACCACAGGUGAUAACGUCCUUGAAGGCCCAAGGUCCCGGGAUUGCUGCGUGAACUUCUCAGGGGAUGGCGGCUCAGGGUUUGGGGGAAAGGGAGCGCAGCAGUCAUUAAAAACACUUACCAGCCGCCUGUGUCCCCUGCCCCACCUUUGUGAAGAGCCGGAGCUUCAGGAGGGGCAGGGCAGGCCCUCACUGCUGGAGCCCAAACGUGGGCCCCCAGUCUCGGAGGAGCAGACCCCGGGCCUCCAGGGGCCUCCCUGGCUGCUGCUGACCACCCGGCUGGGGCUGCGGAGCCCAUGCAGGCCCUCUGAGCCCCUGGGCACACCGUCCUCUUCCGCUCAGUUCCUGCUCCAGGCAGGAUGACAGACCAACAACGGCAGUGGGGUUUGGGAUGUUUUUUGGGUAAGAGUAUAAAAACUUUUUUAAGGCUGAAAGAUCUUCUACCUGCCAGUUCCCUCCCCAAAUGCCACGCCAGAGCCAGAAUCAGGCCCAGGACCCCAAGCCCUUGGGCCAGCACCUGCCUCCCGGGAGCAUCAGCGGAAACUGGAUGCAGAGCAGAGGCAGGACUUCAUCCCAGGCAUUGAUCCGGGACGCAGGCUCCCCAAGUGGAGCUUAGCCCGCCGUGGCGUUAACACCCACCCACCCACCAGGGGUGUGACCACCACUGAGGUCACACCUUACAACCCCCUUGUCACUGACAUGCUGCUGUCUACACCCAGCCACUAACAGCAGUCUGGCCUGGACCACCCAGUGGCCACGGUGGCCAGGACACUGUCCUGUUAGAAAUCCCUUGAGGCCGGCGCCGGUUCAACUGGCUAAUCCUCCACCUAGCAGCGCCGGCACACCGGGUUCUAGUCCCGGUCGGGGCGCUGGAUUCUAUCCCGGAUGCCCCUCUUCCAGGCCAGCUCUCUGCUGUGGCCCGGGAGUGCAGUGGAGGAUGGCCCAGGUCCUUGGGCCCUGCACCCCAUGGGAGACCAGGAGAAGCACCUGGCUCCUGGCUUUGGAUCAGCGCGGUGCGCCGGCGGCCAUUAGAGGGUGAACCAACAGCAAAGGAAGACCUUUCUCUCUGUCUACUCUGUCAAAAAAAAAGAAAGAAAUCCCUUGAUCCCCGGUAUAGUUCUGGCCAUUGCAGCCAGUUGGGGAGUGAACCAGCGGAUGAAGACCUCUCUCUCUCUGCGCAACUCUUCUAAAUAAAUAAAUCUUUAAAAAAAAAAAA